AUGCUUCGGCACCAUACACGCGGAACUCAAGGACACAACACCAUUAUAUCAUUUUUUAGCAACUGCCUGAAAUUGUUCAGCGAUGGCUGCAAACUGUCGGGCAUUUCCGUUGGCAAAUGGAUCAUCGAGGAUAUAAGUGCUUACAAGUUGGGCGUCGAUUACUGCGAGACCCUGAAGCGCCUGUUCACCAAUUUCAGCAACAAAGAUAAAACAGACCUGAUCAUAUUCAUCGAUGAUUUGGCUAAUAAUUCGCACGAUUUGUCGCACUUCAUUUUUUACUUCUCAUUUAAUGGAGCUUCUCAUAAAGAAGCUUUCGUUGGGGAUUUUCACUAUCAGUAUCCGAAGAAGGAGCAAGUCGAAUCGGAUAUUCUCAAGAGAAGAAUGAAGUGGAUGAUCGAGCAGUUUGUGGCCUACCGUAUAAAAUAUCCUCUAACGAUUUUGAUAAUCCGCGACGGUGUGUCCGAAGGCCAAUAUCAAAUGAUAUUGAAUGAAGAACUCAACGCGAUGAGAACCGCCUGUCAAGAGGUGGCCAACCAGCAGAAUCUCAAGAACUGGCCGCCAAAGUUCGCAGUCGUGAUUGCCACAAAAAGAAAUUCUGCAAGAUUCUUCAAUCGGCUCGAUAGCAACAUCUCAAAUGUCAAGCCGCUGACUGUAAUUGAUCGGGAUAUUACGAGAGUCAAUAUCAACGAAGCGUACAUCGUGUCGGCCAAUGCGUUUCAAGGAACUGCACAAGCUGUCUGCUAUCAGUUGCUUCGGAAUGAGAUCGGCUUUAAGGCCAUGGACGAGGUGGAGGCACUUCUAUUGGCGUUGAGUUCCCAUCAUCAAAUUUGCAAAAUUCCCAUUUCAUUGCCCGAGCCGGUUUAUCAAGCUGACAAGUGGUCGAAAAGAGGAAACGAAAUGUGGAAAGAAUAUGGGUAA